AUGGCCUCGUUUCUGUCUGAUCCUUUCACCGGCCUGGCUCUUCGGACCAAGGUCCUCGGAGUCGGACGUCUAUUCCGACCAAUCCAGAACAUACACGGCACCCAAGACCUGCAGCUACUUCCAGGAACAGGGCUCACGGAAGAUCUGCAUUAUCAUGCCGCAUCGGGUCAGCUUGUCGGUGCGUCAGAAGGAGAUGGUACACUCAGAAAGUCCUGGUUUCCUCCGCUGUUGAUCUGGAAGGAUCACAAGGCCAUUGGCUCUGGAACCAUUGUAGCCAUCGACGUCAAGACCCUGUCGGUCACUCGCCUGAGCCUCCGCAAUUUCACCGGCCCCUUCAACACCCAUGGUAUCGACAUCAUCUCGGACCCGAAGGACUCAAACUCUAUCUACAUAGUUGCAGUAAAUCAUUUGCCGAAUCCGGAGUACUACCGCAGUCCCACACCACCCAGGGACUCCACUAUUCCCAAAGCCCGCUCGCGCCUAGAGAUCUUCCACCACAGGAUCAACUCGCAGGAGGCAACGCACCUGCGUUCAAUCUGGCAUCCUCUGCUUCGGACUCCGAACGACGUCUUCCUGAAGUCUGUGACCGAAAUAUACGUGACCAAUGACCAUCGUCACCGCGAAGGGCCUUCGCGGCUUCUAGAAGAGGUUGCGUACGGGUCGAUGGGGCAGCCAACGGAUCUAGUCCACAUACAACUGAAUACGCAGCCACACUUGACAACCCUGAUCACAAAGGACCAUGCCGAUGACACUGCAGGGGUAACUGCAAAGGUUGCAAACACAAUCGACAUGAACAAUGGAAUCGGACAUGGUAAGACGCCAUCGGAGAUAAUGAUCGUCCGCGCCUCAAGUGGUCAGCUCCUUCUGGGCCACGUGGAUAACAAGGAACCUCCCAAGGUUGACAUUGACGAGAUCAUUCAGCUAGACUCGGCCUUGGAUACCCCAUCAUACUUCUCUGAUCCAUAUGCAGUAGAGACCGGCAGGGAUGCUAGCGGCUACGUUGUUGCGGGCUUGGCUCGGGCGAUUACGUUCCCGGUCGCUGGCAAAGCCAUUCCAGUCACUGUAUGGCUGGUACAGCCGAAUCAGGAAGUAGAGCCAACAAAAAGGGGAGAUCAUGUCGACAAGUGGACAAGGAAGGUGAUUUUUCAGGAUGAUGGGCAGACUAUACGAACGGCGUCCACCGCUGUCAUGGUCGCUAUUGACCCGAGGGUGAAUGAUGGAAAGAAGCAAGCGCAAUUGUUCAUUACCGGGCCUUUAAGCGAGGGCAUUGUGGUGGCAAAAGUUGAUAUCUGA